AUGGCCUUCUGGAAGUUUGGCUUCCACGCGCAGUCGGCCAUCGACUCCAUCCUCUCCACAUCCACCGCCAACCAGCACCAUGCCCACCCCGGCGCCGGGUGCUCAGCCCCCUCGCUCUCGAACCCCUCGCUGCUGCUCGACAAGCUGCUGGAGGAGGACGACCUGCUGCAGGAGAUCAAGGCCCAGCAUCCGAAGCUCGUCGAGUUCCUCGGCACCCGCCAGGUCGUCGGCCGCAUCCUCGGCUACGUCUCCGGCGUGAUCUUCGACGACGAGGACGAGGACCGUCUGGCCGAGAACUCCGACUCCACCCUCAGCCGGCUCUCCUCAGCCCAUCCAGCACCCUCCCAGCUGCCCGAGCCCGCCGCCCCCGCCGAGCCCCAUCCUGCACAGCCCGCCGCGGCCGUCAUGGGCUACGGCGGCGCCCUCUUCAACUCCUUCCGGACCAGGGUCGUCAGCGACACCAUCGGCGCCCUGCUCAUGGAUGCCCUCGACUCCGAAGGCCGCACGCCCGAGGACCGCGCCAAGGCCGAGCGCCGCAAGAUUCGCUACCCCUACCUGUGCACCGAGAUCCUCGCCUCCGACCUCUGGAGCGUCACCAGCCAGAUCUUCAGCGACUUCCCCCGCCUCAGCCUCCUCACCCGCUUCUGGGACGCCGUCCUCGACCAGCCUCCGUCGGCAACCGCCUCCAAAUCCGUCCAGAUCGGCUACUGGGCCAAAGCCAACAUCACCCUCAUCAACGCCAAGCCCAGCGAGAUGAUGUCCUUCAUCCGAUCCUAUCCCAACCUGAUCCCCAAGCUUCUCGCCCACUUCAACUCCUCGCCGAUCGUCGACGUGCUCAUGCGGAUCAUCCAGUCCGAACAAACCGCCGACGGGACCAUCGACUGGCUCAUCGACUCCACCGACUUCAUCGAGCUCAUCAUCAGUCUCCUCCACCCCUCCCGCACCCCGGACCUGCACCGAUCGGUCGCCGACUUCCUCAAGGACGUCAUCGCCUUCUGCACCAACCAAGUCGUCUCCAGCGCGCCCUCGCCCAACCUGCCCAACCAGAAGGCCUCCUCCUCCACCGGCUCCCCGCCCGGCUCCGAGGCGGGCGGGCCCAACAACCCCUCAGCCAGCUCGCCCGACCUCGCCGCCCGCCCCGUUCCUGGCCCGUCUACCCAGCCACCAUCCGAGCACUCCGACGACCACCCCAAAUUCAUCUCCACCAGACUCAUGCGCGAACUGUCGAGCUCGGCAGUCGUCGCCAAACUGCUCUCCUUCGGCCUCGACACGCCCGUCUCGGAGGACGACGACGUGAUCACUAGCGCCAGUCUAGCCUCCUCGCUCAUCAACUCCCUCUCCGUCGUCAUCGACCUCAUCCGCCGGAACAACUCGGACUACUCUGAGCACCAGCUGAUGGUCUAUCUGCGCGACUAUCCGCCCGCUCCGAGAGGAGAGGAGGAGGAAGCCCAAGGCCGGCCUCUGAGCGAGAGUGCACCGCGGGUAGUCCCGUUGAUCGGCCUGUUGAAUGCGAUCGGGGACCGGCUGGGCGACUUACAGAAACUGAUCAAGGCUCCGCGCUCGGCGACCAAGCCUCUGCCAACGGUCGUCGGCCUGUCGGUGCCGUUGACCCAAGAACGCUUCCGGCUGAUCGAGCUCUAUGCCGAGCUGCUCCACUGCUCCAACAUGGCCCUCGUCAACAGACUCGACUCGGAACCCAGACCGAUGUACAAUAACGACGGCGAACUCGUCGGAGGCUUCGACGCUUUGCUCGCCUUCUUCGGCCCCAACGCCACUGAUGACCCCCUCGAUGAUAAUGACUCGGCCGACGCGCCCAUCUCGAUCACUGACUCAAAAGAACCACCAUCAGAGGCAAAGCUACCAUCAUCAUCAUCCUCACCAGGCAAGUCCUCACCAGGGAAGCUCUCUCCAGGGCAAUCUUCACCAGAGAAACCUUCGCCGGGGGGAUCGUCACAAGCAGGAAGCGUACCAGCGGCAGGCGCCGGCCCGGCAGUGCCAGCAGGGGUGCGAAUGAAAGAGCUGUUUCUGGAGCACAAAGUGUUGGACAGCUGUUUCGAGCUCUUCUUCGACUUCCCCUGGAACAACUUCCUGCACAACGUGAUCUACGACCUGGUCCAACAGACCCUGAAUGCCAAGUUCAGCUGCCUCACGCCCAGCGGAUCGGCUAGUCUUAAGCUCGCCCAAUCGUUCUUCACGAAGACUCGGAUCGUCGAUCGUUUGUUGGAUGGAAUCGAUGCUAAUCAGCUCUAUCAAAUGAAGCCGAAGAAUGGACGAUUGGGUCACAUGGGCCAUCUGAUUUUGAUCGGCGACGAGGUGCUGAAAGCGCUCGAGAACAAUCCGGAAGAGUUUGAGAUGAUCGGCCGGGAGCUGGAGACGAAUGAGCGCUGGAAAGCGUUUGUGCGAGGGCCGAUCGACGAGGCGCGGGAGCAUGCGAAGCUCCCGUUAGGAGGCGUGAUGCCGGUGAUGGCCGGAGGGUUGUUGGAGGGCACGGUAGCACCGGCGACGGACGAGGUCGAGUCUAGUCUCCUCUCCGCCUCGACAAGCAGUCCUCCUGGUAGUACUGGCGAGGGCAGCAGCUCUAUCCUCGUCGAUGGGAGCGGCAAAGACUCGGCGAACGGGAAGGGCAAGAAAGUAGCACAGGGCCGGACGAAGAAAGACGGGGGGAAAAGCUCAGAUGAAGCCGAGAAGUCGGCGCGUGUUCCUGCAAAUAAGGCCCCUCCGCCCUCUCUUUCUCCUCAGCCAAAACACGCCGAUUACGAUGACGAUCAGUGGGACUCUAGUCGCGCCUCUGACCCCUCCAACUUCCGCUCCUCUAUCCUCUCCGAUCCUACCGAUGCCGCCGGCUUCCCCAAGAUGGCCCCUAGUAUUAUCUCCAAUCCUACCCCCUUCGGCUUCGAUGACCGCUUCGAUGCCUCCGUUCGUUCCUUUCCUCAGCCGUUCCAAGAAGACUUCGAUCUCAGUGAAGGUGAUGGCCAACAGCCAGGCGGAUUUGAUGACGACUUCGGGGCGCUCCAGGAAGCGGAGAUGCCGGCGGGAGGAUCGACGAGCGCCAAACGAGGGACCCCGCGCCCGGGGACCGCGCCCUACCACCCGCAGGGCUCCGCCGUCCGCCUUCCGGCUUCCUCAGGGGAGGAGACUGGGCAGGAAGAGGAAGAGUGGGGAGAGUUCGCCGGCCCGUCCCCCGCGAUCACUCUCACCCCCUCCCCGAACACGUCUGUCCCUCAGAACCCAGCCCUUCACGAUGACGAUGAAGACCGCUGGAACGACUUCGAUCUCUUGCAUCAGAACCGACAGACCAACAAAGCCAUCAUCAUCAUCACCGAUGAAGCAAGUUUGGUCCUUGUUGGUCCGUCAGUGUAA